AUGGCCCCCGCGACUCGCAAGAACGAUCCAGACGCGUCGCCAGGAGGAGAGAGUCAAGCCGAGCUGGAAGCGCAGCUCAAACAGCUACGCGCCGAGAUUACAGCCCUCCAAGCCAACAAUCAAGCGCAGCGUCAACCGCCGCUAGAGUCCAAAGCUCGCGUUCCGAGCGGCCUGCCGAAGUUCAAGGGGAAGCGCGACGACGAUGUACGCCAGUGGCUCUUCCAAGUGGAGACCCUGUGCCGAAUCAACGGUCACAACGCAACGGACGACAACUACACGCUGCCUUCGAUCGCGGUGACAGCGAUGGAGGAACCUGCGUCAGGAUGGUUCCUGUUCUGGGCCUCAAAAACACCAGCAGAUAUGCAGACGUGGCGUCGGUUCACGGCUGAUGCCCUCGCUCACUUCGAAGACUCCAACUAUCAAGCGGUGCUACGCCAGAAGCUACGUGAACUCCGCCAGAUCAAUGGCAUCGAAGAGUACAAUGGGAGGUACACGUCAUUGAUCUUCCGCGUUGAGGACACGAGCGAAGUCGACCAAGUCAGCUAUUAUUGUGACGGUCUCAAGCGUGCGACUCAAGCCUAUGUUAAACUUCAGAACGCGACGACACUGAGUGAGGCGAUGGACCAUGCUGCCAAGUAUGAGAUGUCCCAUUUUGGUGGCGAGCGCAAACCGAUCCGCGAAAAGCCGGAGCGUGAGCAACAGUCCCGCGGACGAGGAAGCUCUAACCAGUCCAACAACAAGAAGCCGUUCAACAAGAAGUCCUUCAAGCCUGGUCACUACGCUCCCGCGGAACAAGCCAAAGAAGGACCCGUGUGCUACUAUUGCAAGAAGCCAGGACACUUCAAGCGUGAUUGCAAGGAGCUGAAGAGCGACGAGGGAAACGAUCAGCCACGCCAGUAG